CAGUAAACUUUUUGCGCUGCUGAGAGAAAUACCGGUACAGUCGGUCUAAGUCUCAUCGGCAAAAAUGCUAAAUAUCAGAAACUUUCAAACGCUUCGAUAUAGUAAUACGAGUUCUUGUUUGUUUAGAGUUUCAAGUAACUUGAAGAAUAAUGUUAGUCCAGCAUACCAAGCAGAGAAACACUACAGUUCCCAAGGAUUGAGUGACCCAGACUUUCUCCAUGAGAGUAUUCUACCCACAAUGCACUUUCAGCGUAGCUUGCCUCGUCUUAAGAUCCCAAAGCUGGAGAAAACUUGUGCUAGAUACUUAGAAUCACAACGAGUCAUACUAAACGAUGCAGAGUUUAAUAAAACUAAAGCAAUAGUAGAGAAAUUUCAAGCCAAAGAAGGACCAGAUUUACAUCAGGCACUAGUAGCUCUAGACAAACAGAACAAACACACAAGUUACAUCAGUGGUCCUUGGUUUGAUAUGUACUUAGAGUCAAGGCUACCCCUCUUGCUCAAUUUUAAUCCAUAUAUUUGUUAUAAUUCAGACUCAAGACCAGAGUAUAUGGAUCAGGUGACGAGAUCAACAAAUUUUGUUGUCUCAGCAAUGAGGUUUAUGAAGACCCUACAUGCCAGUAAGCUUGAUCCAGACUUAUAUCAUCUGAACCCUAAGAAGACGGACAACGAGAAGUUUAGAAGAAGAGCUAAAUGGAUUCCGGGAUCACUAGCUGCCUAUUAUGCAAUAAUGAACCAAGCAUUCGCAUUAGAUAUGAGCCAGUAUGGGAAUCUAUUCAAAUCCACCAGAAUUCCAUGUCAAGGAAGAGAUGAACUGGUGAGGCUGGACACUGCCCGCCAUCUCCUGGUCAUUCAUAAUGGAAAGUUUUACACAUUUGAUGUCCUGGACAGUCAGGGAGCAAUAGUUCCUCCAGAAGAAAUAAAAGCACAUCUCCAGUAUAUUCUUGCUGAUAGUUCACCUCGACCAGAAUUUUCUGUAAGUUACAUGACAACUGAGAAUCGUGAUACGUGGGCGUCCUUGCGACAGCAUCUGUUAAAUGGCAGUGACAGGAAUCGAGAGACAAUGAAACUGAUAGAUGGCGCUGUGUUUUGCCUUUGUCUGGAUGAUACAGAGCCGACAGAGGCUGUAGGAUUGACCAGAAGUAUGCUAUAUGGUGAUGGUGCGAAUAGGUGGUUUGAUAAAAGUUUCCAGAUGAUUGUUGCAAAAAAUGGAGUAACUGGCCUCAAUUUUGAGCAUGCUUGGGGUGAUGGUGUCGCUGUUCUUCGCUUCAUGAACGAAUCUUACAAAGACACAACUGAGAAUGCUGCCCUCGCUCCUGGCACCAAGCCAGCAGAUGUAGACUCUGUGCAGAAAGUGACAAAGCUGGAGUUUGACUUGGAUCCAACCAUUAAGACUGGAAUAACAGAUGCAACUGAGAAGUACAACACGUCUACUGGCAACCUUAAUAUUGGCGUCAGGCAAUUUGAUAAAUUCGGAAAGAACUUCAUCAAAACAAAAAAGAUGAGUCCUGAUGCAUUUAUGCAAUUAUCAUUUCAAAUGGGUUACUACCGAUUGACAGGUGGUAAAGUUGCAAGUACGUAUGAGUCUUGUAGCACGGCAGCAUUUAAACAUGGCCGUACAGAAACCCUUCGUUCUGCUACCAUGGAAACUAAGAAAUGCUCAGAAGCUUUCCAGGAAGGCUCAGGCGCGAGUGUGGCAGACAAGAAAAAACUACUAAAAGCCUGCUCAGAUAAACAUAAUGACCUGACCAAAAAUGCAGCUAUGGGGCAAGGGUUCGAUCGCCACCUUUUUGCAAUGAAAGCUCUCGCAAACAAGCAAGGCCAAUCUGUCGCCCUCUUUGAAGAUCCAGCCUAUGCUCAACUUAACCACAUCGUCCUCUCAACAAGUACUUUAAGCAGCCCUGCGGUGCUGGCUGGUGGCUUUGCUCCUGUGGUCUUCAAUGGCCUAGGGGUGGGCUACGGGAUAAAGGAUGAAGAGCUAGGCUGCAACAUAACCUCAUACCCUGAUUCUCCUAAUGUUAAUGAGUUUCUUGACUGUGUUGAGUCUAGCUGGGUAGAUAUGCAUCAAGUCUUCACUUUGGACUCUGAUUGAUGAUAAACUUAAAAACUUAAGCAUCACAUGAGUGAAUAGUGAUUGAUUCCUGGUAAUACAAUGAUUGCAUAGUUAAUUUAUUUAAUUAUUUGGUAUUAUUGUUCUUAUGAUGCAAAUAUUGUUUUCAGCGGCAUUAUUAUUAUACUAAUAAUAUAAUAGUGAGUGGUAAUAAGAGUUAAUUUAUUAUCAGUGUUGUUCGAUAAUAAUGUAAUUUUAUAUGAUGUGGCAAUUUAAAUUUAUUUGGAUCAACAGUAACUGAUAUAUUAAUCAUCAUCAUCUUUGUUAUCAUCAUCACUUAGUGUUGUUACCAUCAAAACUUUUUUUUCAUCAUACUGUUUAUACGACAUUGGUCAUGAUUGAAAGUGAACAAAUCUGUUUAUGUUAACAAAAUAAUUUUAUAUUGUAUUAAAUUUGGUAAAAGUUAUAAAUAUGGAAGUCUUUCAGAAUUGUGGUUGUAUGUACAGUAUAACUGUAAUAUUGGCUGUACGCUACAUUCAGUCCUGAAAGAAAACAAAUAAAGAUCUAAUAAUGAUACAAUA